AUGAUGACCCUUGAAUCCGUGAAAAGGCUGAACAACCAAGUUGUUUCCCUCUUGGACUGCGGGCUGUUUCAUGAAGCUUACCAGCUUUCGCUGACGGCGAUGGUACACUUUCAAGAGAUGGUAUCAAUGCCUGAAAUAUCCAAUUAUACUUCUUCGUCGAUCGAUGAAUACAUGGUUGCUCUAGGAAACUCGAGGGGUGGAGCGGCGGGUGACUUUGUGUAUCAGCAUGGUAUCACUUUCACUUCCGCUAUGGUGGAAGAUCCCUCAACGAUAACCUCAAUCCUUAUCUUCAACUCUGCCCUAUCGCACCAGCUAUUGGCUUCUGCGAUGUACUACAAAGAACCAGCAUCCUUGUAUCAACGCCUGCUCGAGAAAGCCAAAAUGCUGUACAAGCUUGCCUACAGUGAACAAAGAGGAGACUAUAACUAUAUAUUCAAGCUUACUGUCCUCAAUAAUAUUGGAGUAAUCUGCAGGUUACUUGACGAAGAAGAACAGGCACAGGAGUGCUUUGACCAUUUGGUGUCCUUGCUGAUGCAAGGAGUCGUCCAAUCCGGUGUCUGUGAUCACACUACGACGCAUUUCGAACAAUUUUGGGCAAACCUAACCGUGAAGCAUGUUGCCCCCGCUGCGUAA